ACCUCAGCAGAAGAAGCUCAAUCGGACUCACGUGCAACUACCUACUUGCAGUGAUCCAGCACUCAGGCGUCUAAUAUUCUCUGGAUUUGGUGGCAGCGGCGCUUCAAGAAGCGUCAUCUUUCAGAGGAUAUAUCCAGAUAUAUCGUGCUGGGAAACUGAAGCAGGGCCGGUGGUAGAGAGUGCGCAAGGAAUGCCUGUAAAACCUUGAGAAAAGUUUGGGGCACAUCACAUAACCAGAGGAUAACUUCGACCUGUUUACCCGGUGGUUACUUCUCCGGUGCAGCCUUUUAACCAUCCAAGCUACAAGGGAGCUUUGAUUAGGGUUUGGGUGGCCAGGCGCAAUGCUGUACCUCAUUGGCCUCGGUUUGGGGGAUGAGAAGGAUAUCAGCCUGCGCGGUUUGGAGGCAGUCAAACGAUGCGAGAAUGUUUACUUGGAAGCAUACACAUCAAUCCUGUUGGUGGAGAAGUCUAAGCUGGAGGCGCUCUAUGGCCGGGAGGUGAUCGUGGCAGACAGAGAGAUGGUGGAGCAGGGAGUGGAGAGCAUACUGGAACAAGCCAAGACUAUGGAGGUUGCCUUUCUGGUGGUAGGGGACCCGUUUGGGGCCACCACGCACUCCGACCUACAGAUGAGAGCCAAACAGCUUGGUGUCACAGUCAAGGUCAUUCACAACGCAUCGAUCAUGAACGCCAUCGGCGCAUGUGGUUUGCAACUCUAUCGAUUUGGGGAGACGAUCUCCAUCCCCUUCUUCACAGACACGUGGCGCCCUGACAGCUUCUACGACAAGAUAAAGAAGAACCGCGACAUGGGGUUGCACACGCUCUGCCUAUUAGAUAUCCGGGUCAAGGAACCAUGUUUUGAAGCGCUCGCGAGGGGGAAGAAAGUGUACGAGCCGCCGCGCUACAUGAGCGUCAACACGGCCGUGGAGCAGCUGCUAGACAUCGAAGACAGGCGAAAAGAGGGAGUCUAUGGUCGGGAGACCACCGCUGUCGGAGUGGCGAGAAUAGGAACCGAUUCGCAAUGCAUUAUCUCCGGCACUUUAGAAGAGCUCUUAACCGUCGAUUACGGCCCUCCCUUGCAUUCGCUCGUUGUCCCGGGAGAGUUGCACGUAAUGGAACAGGAGCUGCUGGCGACCUUCGCUUGCAAUGAAAGCACUCCGCGGAUACAAAAGGACUUGAUAAUCGACGAGGAGGACGAAGAGCCAUAAAGAUGAAGAACAACCGUCAUAUGAUCUCACUUAUUUAGCUAUUGAAUGGUCCUUACCUCUUCUUGUUUACUGCCAACCGCACACCGAACGAUGC